CUAACAGAGACUCUCUCUAAGAUAAAAUCAUGCAGCACGGUGCAGCCGACCUGUCCAGGACCUAAAGUAAUAGAUGAUCCUUGUUCUAAAUGUGAAGAAGGCUGGGAGCAACAUGGAGGAAAGUGCUAUUACUUCUCCAUCAAUAAAUCAUCCUGGAACGAGAGCAGAGAUGAGUGUAGAGCUAAAGGAGGAGACCUGGUUAAGAUAGACAGCAGAGAGGAGCAGACUUUUCUGGAGAGAAGACUGAGAGAUGUAAUGACUGAAGAUGAGGACAAGUUCUGGAUCGGACUGACAGACUCAGCAGUAGAGGGCAGAUGGGUGUGGGCGGACGGAUCAUCACUGAAUGAAAGGUUUGACUGUUGCGAAAAUAUUUUUUCUUCAUUUCCUGGCUUAAAGUUACCAAUGGACAGGAGGUCAGGAAGCUCUGAUCGAAUGAUGUGUUCGGCCGAGCGCACCACUCUUUGCAGAUCUUGUCUGUCCUGCUUGGUGCUGUUCCCAAACCAGGUGCAGAUGUUUCCCGUCAGGACGCUCUCAGUGGUGCAGGAGUAA